UCACAGUCAUCAUCAAUUGCCCGUCGUGGUUGGUCCUGCGUCACCGCCCUCCCCAUCGUCGGCGAAACUCGCGUUUCCUCGCCAUUAGAGAACCUUGAAGGCUUGAAGGAGCUCCUUUGCCGCCUCUUGGAUCGGUCGCGUGGUCUUCACAUGGUGGCGCUGAGGUGUUUUUCUAAGAGAUCUCGAGGGGAGGAUCUUGGAGAGAAUGCUGAUGAGCUGGAAGUUCUGUUCGUCAUCGAUCAAGAAGCGGAGCUCGGCCAAGGAUAUCAUGGCCGGGAAUGAUUACGAUCAGGAAGCACCAGGUCAUUUAAUGGGACAAGACAAUGGCAAUCCAUCCUGGAAGCUCUCUUUGCCACAUGUAUGUGUGGCAACCAUCACUUCUUUCCUAUUCGGCUAUCACAUCGGAGUUGUCAAUGAACCGCUAGAGAGCAUCUCUUUGGAUCUUGGGUUUGGUGGGAACACUUUAGCUGAAGGACUUGUGGUCAGCAUGUGUUUGGGUGGUGCUUUUAUUGGCUGUCUGUUUAGUGGUUGGAUUGCGGAUGGGAUUGGACGGCGCAGAGCUUUCCAGUUAAGUGUGUUGCCAAUGAUAAUUGGAGCUUCAUUGAGUGCAACAUCAACCAGUCUAGGGAUGAUGCUAUUUGGUAGAUUCUUGGUAGGAACUGGAAUGGGUUUAGGCCCACCUGUAGCUUCUCUUUAUGUGACAGAGGUGUCUCCUCCAUUUGUUCGGGGUACAUAUGGAAGCUUUAUUCAGAUUGCAACAUGCCUUGGAAUAAUAGGGGCUCUUCUUAUUGGGAUUCCUGUGAAGGAAGUUGGUGGUUGGUGGCGUGUGUGCUUUUGGGUAUCUGUUGUUCCAGCUGCUUUGCUUGCUCUUUGCAUGGAGUUCUGUGCUGAAAGCCCUCAUUGGCUAUUUAAGCGCGGUAGACUUGUUGAAGCGGAAGUUGAAUUUGAAAGACUCUUGGGAGCAUCUCAUGUUAAAUCAGCAAUUUCAGAAUUGUCACGGUCAGAUAAAGGGGAUGAUGUAGACACUGUAAGAUUCUCAGACUUACUCUGUGGUCGCCAUUUUAGAGUUGUUUUUAUUGGAACAACACUCUUUGCUUUACAACAGUUAUCGGGCAUAAAUGCUGUGUUCUAUUUUUCUUCAACUGUUUUUAGAAGGGCUGGAGUGCCAUCAGAUUUUGCCAACAUAUUUGUUGGACUCUCAAACUUGUCAGGUUCAAUCAUAGCAAUGCUAUUGAUGGAUAAACUAGGAAGGAAGGCGCUUCUCUUAGGGAGCUUUAUUGGCAUGGCCAUGGCAAUGUGUCUUCAGGCUGUUGCAGCAAGUGUUCAUGUUCUUGGAUCCGGAGCAUUGUAUUUGUCUGUUGGCGGCAUGCUCUUAUUCGUGUUGACAUUUGCGCUGGGAGCUGGUCCAGUGCCUGGUCUUCUUUUACCUGAGAUUUUUCCCAACAAAAUUCGAGCAAAGGCGAUGGCCCUGUGCAUGUCUGUGCACUGGGUGAUAAAUUUCUUUGUCGGUUUGCUAUUCCUGCGAGCCUUGGAGCUAAUGGGGCCCCAAGUUCUGUACACUAUAUUUGGAACUUUUUGCUUGAUAGCUGCUGUGUUUGUGAGGAGGAAUGUAGUGGAAACCAAAGGCAAAUCACUUCAAGAAAUUGAAAUCUCACUCCUACAACCUGAUAUUUAGAGGUGGAGAACUUGCAAAAUACAAUGGCCUGAGAUCUAUACAGGGGCUGAUCUAUAUAAUCUAUUAGAGCAAAGGAUGUAUUAUGUAAUGUAAGCAUUGACUGCAAGAUAACUUUUGAGUGUUGUAUUGUUAAUGGUAUUCAUUCAAUUGGGUCUAUCCAUUAUUGAAUGAAAUGCUCGAGCUCUAAAAUAAAUUUUAUCGCCUAUAUUAUUUGACGGUUUUAUUUGUAUU